CAGCUCAAAUGGCGCGCUUUUAUUCAAAUGUUUCCUAGCAACGAAAGAUGACCAGAGCAGAGGACACAAAAGGAGUCACAACUUGUCUGACAGGAACUCUGUGGAGGAUCAACCAGGUAACAUUAACAGAGCUCAGUCAGAAUUCAGAGAACUGACUUCAAUGAUUUCUUGGAGGCACCUGGAUCUUCUCUAUGGCUGAAAGGGAAUGUGAUUUUGCUCCCCUGGUGUUCAGACUACAUGGAGGAGCUCCUCAGGUGGUACGUGAGGUGCUGCUGGAGCGUGGCUGGGAUGAGUAUGAUGAAGAGGAGCAGGAGGAAGGAGACUGGAACCUCUAUUGGAGAAGCUCUGGCUUCAGAAAGUCUGACUACGAAAACAUCCUUCCCUGGCAGAGACUGAACCACCAUCCCAAAAUGAGCCAGAUUACACGCAAGGACUGUCUGGCACGACACAUGAGAAGAAUGAAGAUCGCUUUCGGCACAGGCCUGUAUGACUUCAGCCCUGCUGCUUUCAUAUUGCCAAACGAAUACACAAAGUUUCUAGGGGUGUACACUAGGAAUCGCACGACUGAUAGAGGGAAGUCCCACUACUGGAUUUGUAAGCCAGUUGACCUGUCAAGAGGAAGAGGUAUAUUUCUGUUUGAAGACAUCAAGGACUUGGUCUACGACUCUUCGGCAAUCGUGCAGAGAUACAUCAGCAAGCCGCUUCUCAUUUCAGGCUACAAGUUUGAUCUACGCAUUUACGUUUGCGUAAAAAGCUUCUCCCCUCUUGUGAUUUACAUGCAUCAGGAAGGCCUAGUGCGUUUCGCCACCGAAAAAUACACCCUUGCUUCUUUAGACAGCCUGUACUCUCAUUUGACAAAUACCAGCAUUAAUAAGUUUGGAAUGUGCUACGCUAUGGACAAAGAGCGAGUAGGCAGAGGAUGCAAGUGGACCAUGAGCAGAUUCCGUAGUUUUCUUCACAAACAAGAUAUUAACGAACUUCUGCUGUGGCACAGGAUUAGCAAUAUUGUUACGUUGACUCUGCUCACAGCCGUUCCUUGCAUUCCCUCCAGCCCCAACUGUCUGGAACUGUUGGGGUUUGAUAUCCUCAUCGAUGCCAGCUACAAACCGUGGCUUCUAGAGGUCAACCACAGUCCGGCGCUAACAUUGGACUGCCCUGCUGAUGUAACGGUCAAGAAAGGGCUGAUCAAUGAUAUCAUCGACCUGAUGAACUACAGGAUGAUUGAUAGCUUCAGACAGAAGGGAUACUGCAGGAAGAGAUUGGUUAGCCGCUAUUUACGGCCAAAAAUCUCUCGAAGGUUUUUGUUGCCCAAGAUUUUGCAGGCACCUCCAUCAGGCAACAAAAGCUGGAAUCAGUCUGUCUCAGGCUCUUCAAGUUCCGAAGACACUAGAAAUAACACUGGUUAUGCUACUUGCCCCAUUCACCCCAAUUCAAAAUCCAUUGGACAUGAAAAGGAUCCUCAGAAGUUUGAGGAAAUUAACAAUGAGGUGGGAUCUGAUGACCUAAAACUCACAACAUUCAACAGCACCAGGCAAUUGCACAGAAAUGCACCAUCUACCGUGUGCAAGUUACCAUCUCUUCGCUUACAUAAACUCAAGUCUCCAGCCGUCCCGUGGAACCGCGUGACUCAGGAUAGAGGUGUCCCUCCUUGUCGUGUUGGCGACUUCAUACUUACAUUUCCCUUUAAUCAGGCUACGUGGAAAGCCUGUCAGGACCAAGCAGAUGUUAAGGCUAUUGUGAACGAGGUUCAUAAACUCACAAACCGACUGGUGUCCUCCUUUAAUGAAAAAGAAAGGACGAAGAUGGAAAGCAGUCAGAGCAUUGGUAUCGGUGACAAAUUUGAGCCUCUGCUUUGGGGGCCGAAAGAUCCCCCUCUUCUCAGCAAAUGCUGCUCCUUAAAUUCAGAAGUCAAGUAAAAUGGUUCAAGCUGA